GGACGUCACAGCACACCUUUUUGGACAGGCAUCGUCUUUCUUUUCAGUCGCUUCGCAGUGCAGCACGGAUGUGAAAGAUUGCUUUGAGUUCAAUCCCUCCGUAAAAACCAGCAUACUUUCUACAUCCAAUAGCUCGUCAAUUUCUAGUGGCGCUCCUUUAGUUCGAUACGGUGAAAGAUGGCCCCAAACGCAGCGGAAACGAAACCGAAACCCGCUCAGGGAUCAAUCGGUAUAAAUGCCAUUCUUUUGGGACCACCCGGAUCGGGCAAAGGAACACAGGCCCCACUGCUGAAGGAAAAAUUCUGCGUGUGCCACCUGUCCACCGGUGAUAUGCUGCGCGCGGAAAUUUCUACCGGUUCCAAACUUGGCGCACAGCUGAAGAAAGUCAUUGACGAGGGUAAACUGGUAUCGGACGAUUUGGUCGUUGACAUGAUCGAUUCCAACCUCGACAAGCCGGAGUGCCGCAAUGGAUUCCUGCUGGACGGAUUUCCUCGAACCGUGGUACAAGCAGAAAAGUUGGACAAUCUGUUAGAUAAACGUCAAACUGCUUUGGAUGCCGUGGUGGAGUUUGGCAUAGACGAUAGUUUGCUCGUGCGUCGGAUUACCGGUCGAUUGAUCCACCAGGCUAGUGGGCGAUCUUAUCACGAGGAAUUUCACCCACCGAAGAAACCAAUGACAGAUGACGUUACUGGAGAGCCGCUGAUGCGCCGUAGCGAUGAUAAUGCUACUGCACUAAUUAAACGCCUUGAUGCAUACCAUACACAAACCAAGCCACUGGCGCAAUACUAUGCCCUGCGCGGGCUGCAUUUUAAAAUUGAUGCAUCGAAAAGUUCGUCCGAGGUGUUUGCUAACAUUGAUAGCAUUUUCAUGAGGCAGAAACAAGCACGGAUGGCCCUUUAAUUAAUUAUUGCAUAUAGAACAGCAUUUGCAUCAGCCUCUAUCACGCCACCUGAGAUAAUCUAUUGAACCGAUUAUUAAUAUCUGGAACAACCAUAGAGCUACCUUAUCGAACCCGCGAGCCGGGCUAAAGUUUUAAAGUGACAACUAUGUUUCCUACCUAGACAUAGAGUUUUUUUUCCGGGAUCCAAUGACAGAUGGGUUCCCGUUCCGGGCAUUAGACAGUGGCAACCCCCCCCAGAAACAAGAUUUCGCGGGGUAAUUGUAUUUAAAAUACCUGAACAGGCAUAUUCUAACAAAGAGUAAUGUACUUCAUAGUCUCUAAUCAAAACAUGACGGAGUAGCGAUCAGUGGUUACGGAAGCGGUAGGAUUAAUCAGAAAGACGUAUCCAGUAUAAGACCAUGCUUGUUAGCAAGCAGAAGAACCUAAUAUCAUAAGUGACAAAAUGUGUAGUGAGAAGAUAUCUUUAAUAGAUAAAAUAAAUGUGCGGUUCAGUUGAAGAA